AUGUCGCCGCGUUGGCACAGCCUUCCUACGCGAAAUAUAUCAGCGCCACUACUGCUGUACAGCUUCAUCUACACAUCACAGUCUUAUGAGUUCUUUCUCACAGAUCUCACGCACAUAUGGCACGAAAAUUUACAAUAUAAACACGUACUACAAAAAGCGGAAGACAUCGGGACAAGUAUUGAUCCCAGUGAAGACGCAAAUCAGUAUGACGUGUUCAUGAGAAAGAUCCAAGAUGCUCUUGAUGGCGCAAAUAAUACCGGCGUGACCAUCGCUUCAGGUCACAAGUCCGACUCGGUUGUGGUGACUACAAGUACAAAGUUACCAGCGGGAUUGAAUCCGUUGAAAUGGACUUUUACGCUGUCGAAAGAACCUCCGUCAGCAGUCACGCGACACUUGCUUCUUCCGUUAUUGAAGAGCGAAAGAAACCACGAACAGCGAGAGCAAUCUCUAUUGGAACAUAUCAGAGAAAAGGAUAAUAUAUUGUCUAAGAUCUUUGACAAGAUUGAUCCUUCUCAAUUGACCUCGAUGUUUCCUGGUACUGCAGGUGUCCGCCACACGAAGCCGAAAACAUCGGACUUGAUCAGACACAUCAAAGGCGCCACUAGAUUUGACGAGAAAGGAUGGCGAGGUAGUCCAGCGGGUGAAGAUAACACUGCGAACGGUCUUGCAGAAUCUGUAUAUGCACAUGGUGGUUUUACAUCCUUGGACACCGCAAGUACAAGAUAUGCUGCAUGGUGGAAAAGUCUGGACGAUGUUAAGGACGCAAAGUUGCAAUCACAAGAGAGGUCCCAAGCAGCGAUGAAGGAAAAUAUUUGCUCACCAGAUACUGGAGCAGCUGGUAAGGAGCAAGUGACCGCAGACGAGGAUUUGAGCACCGAAGAUGAAGAUGAGUUCCAGCAUCAAGAGACACCGCUACAUCUCAAGCGUAAAAAGGAUCAGGCGGACAGGAAGCCGGUCGAAGACAGCGAAUCUGAUAUCGGAGUUGGUACCACCGAGUCAGACCAGGACGCUGAGUCGGAUGAUGGACUGGACGACAUAAAAGCGCCCAUCCAGAAGCCCCCAAAGAAGGCGAUGGGUCGCAUCGGAGGACCGAAAGCUGUUCCUCUUGGACGUCCACGAAAAGAGUCCGUUGCGGACGAGACGGACUCUGAUAGUGAACCUAAGCCACGCCAGCGCACUGCGGCAACUCGAGAGGAGCUUGAGUUGGAUGAUGGCACCGAGUCAGACUCUGAACCUGAACGAAUGCCAACACCAAGCCCGGUCAAGGCCAAGAAAGAAACCCCUACCGAAACUGCCCCUAAGAAGAAAGGAGUUUUAGGUAAAAUAGGCGGCAAAAAGCCGGAACCCAAGAAGGUACCUUCUUCGGAGCCGGCUGACACCAACGAUAUUGGACAACCUACUUCUGAUGAAGAUGAUCUAAAUCAACGACAGGCUCCUUCCAAGCCUCAGCCAACGCUGAAAAGGGGCAAGAAACUAGGUCUCAUCGGCGGCGGGAAAAAGAAACCGCAAGCCGCAGCACCCAAGCCUGAACCUGAUGAGACAGACGAAGAUCUAGAUACGGGACCUAUUACAUCCACACAAAAGCAGAAAGUACCAUCUACAUCACCACCACCACCUCCGGCCGUAUCAAGCUCACCGUCGCCUAUACGACACCGUGUCUCGAAGGCUGAGCCAGAACCGGAGUUAUCCGCGGAACAGAAAGCAAAUAAGAAGCGAGAGGAGUUGAAGAGGCAGUUAGAUGCGAAGAGUAAAGCUCCGACGAAGAAGAAGAGGAAAUUUUGA